CCUUGGGCUGGAGAGAGGGAUGAAGAUCUGGCUUUAGGAGGAGGCGUGACCACCCAAUAGGCCUCGCUUCCCGCGGGGCGUGACCGUCAAGGAGCCGGACGCCGCUCGGGGCUGGGCGGGUCAGCCGCGUAGCGGGCGGCGUGGACGCGGCCAAGCAGCGGCUCCUUUAAGUCCCUGGUACCACCCCCGCCGCCCCGCCUCCCUCGCGGCCUGGGUCUGGUUGGCGGCGGGGUCCGGUCCGCGCGGGCCGCGAUGGAGCUGCACAUCCUAGAGCACCGGGUGCGGGUGCUGAGCAUCGCCCGUCCCGGUCUCUGGCUCUACACCCACCCACUCAUCAAGCUGCUCUUCCUGCCCCGCCGCAGCCGGUGCAAGUUCUUCAGCCUGACGGAGACCCCUGAGGAUUACACGCUUAUGGUGGACGAGGAGGGCUUUAAAGAGCUGCCCCCAUCUGAGUUUCUGCAAGUAGCCGAGGCCACAUGGCUGGUGCUGAAUGUGUCGUCUCACAGCGGUGCAGCAGUGCAGGCUGCUGGGGUCACCAAGAUCGCCCGCUCGGUCAUCGCACCACUGGCCGAGCACCACGUGUCUGUGCUAAUGCUGUCCACUUACCAGACUGACUUCAUCCUGGUGCGGGAGCAGGACCUGUCCGUGGUGAUCCACACGCUAGCCCAGGAGUUUGACAUUUACCGCGAAGUGGGCGGAGAGCCCAUGCCUGUGGCCAGGGACGAUUCCAGCAACGGCUUUCCCCGCACUCAGCAUGCAGGGCCCAGCCCCACGGUGCAUCCCAUCCAGAGCCCACAGAACCGCUUCUGUGUCCUCACACUGGACCCUGAGACGCUGCCAGCCAUCGCCACCACCCUCAUAGAUGUCCUCUUCUACUCGCACAGCACUCCCAAGGAGGCAGCCUCUAUCGGUCCUGAAUCCAGCUCCAUCACGUUCUUUGCCUUCUCCCUCAUCGAGGGUUAUAUCUCCAUUGUCAUGGAUGCUGAGACACAGAAACAGUUCCCCAGUGACCUCCUGCUGACCAGCUCCUCAGGGGAGCUGUGGAGGAUGGUGCGCAUCGGUGGACAGCCCCUGGGUUUUGAUGAAUGCGGCAUCGUGGCACAGAUCGCGGUUCCCCUGGCUGCUGCGGACAUCUCCGCCUACUACAUCAGCACCUUCAACUUUGACCAUGCCCUGGUGCCCGAGGAUGGUAUCGGCAGCGUCAUUGAGGUCCUCCAGCGGCGGCAGGAAGGCCUGGCUUCCUGAGACUGGUGGGGAACAGAGCAGCCUCCCUGUUCUCCCCUCGAUCCAGGCUUCCAAAGACUCCUCUAAGCUAUUUCCUUAAGCUCUGGAAUGAGCCCCCAUUCCUGCCGGGGGACCCUCAUUCUGCUCUCUGUAUGUAAGCUGUGUGCAGGCACCGGCUCUUAUGUGGACACCUGUGUGUACUUGCUGGUGGAGUGGGCAGCUGCUCGUCUGAUUAGGUCUGCCAGGCAGGGGAACACGGUGCUCGGGGCUUAAGCCCCCAACCCAUCACUCCCUGCACGGCCUCAGGGUUUGCACAGUCCCUGCCUGGGGCCCGAGCCAUUCCCCGCAGCCUUCCUGGGCCAGCUGUCCUCCCGGACAGGGCCCUGACCUCCAUUCUGCCUCUGGUGGGGUCGCCUUACCUGGCCAGGUGAGUCCUGACAGUGCCUCUCCUUCCUGGGGCCUCCAAGAAAAGUAUUUUGACAUCUCUCUCUCUUCUGUUUUUAUUGCCUUGUUAAUAAAGGACUUUGUAGUGAC